AAAGUGAUACCGAACUCAUAGUUUCAAGUGUGCCAUAUUCAUACGCAGCCAAAAGAAUUCCUCUUUUGGUCUGGAAUCGGCUCAAAUCUCGUCUUCCUCCGUCGCGAUUGGGAGCGAGAAUAAUCGCGCGUCACUGCUGAAGGAACUUCUAGCUUGCUAUAAUGACGAUGACAUUGGAAGGUUAGCUGGUCUUGCGUUUAUGUUUUCAUCUAGCAUCUUGCUACAGAUUUUGGCUUGUGCACUAUACAACAAUUGGUGGCCUAUGUUAUCAGCUUUGAUGUAUGUUCUUGUUCCAAUGCCUUGUUUAUUUUUUGGAGGAGGGUCCACACAGUUUCUGAUUAGCCGAGAUGGUGGAGGAUGGAUAGGUGCUGCUAAAUUCUUGACAGGAGCUUCAACUGUGGGGAGUUUGGCAAUUCCUAUUAUCCUGAGGCAUGCUCAUAUGAUCGAUACCGGAGCCAUGUUCAUAGAGUUCGUUUCCUUCUUCAUUUUUGUUUGCACUGUCUUGUGCUUCCACCGUGUUAGCCUUGAAGAUGAUUGGUGAUCCCAAAUUCCAGAAGGAAAUUACAGUGAUGCAGAUCAUCGAUGAUGAUUAUAAAAACUUCCUGUUUUAGAUUUUGAUGUGUUAUCUUGAACAGUUGGUGCCCAACGUUGGCAUAACGAGAUGAAACUUGCACGGGGAAACCAAGUUUGGAGUUUCUCAUUUGUAAAUCAAUCCAAUGUAUGAUAAUAGAAGUUCUAUUUUUUUUUAUAAUUUAUUAUAUCGCGAAUAUUAUGGUGGAAAUUACAAGUUUGUAGAGGAAA